AGCGUGCGAGUUUGAUCAGCUGUCUGCCUCAGUUGUGUUGCAGAAGACAGUGCAGGAAGCGGCUUGUUUUGGUCUGACAUGUCAGGUGCUUGCGAGUCUUGUUCCUACGUGGAUGGUGCUUGCACGACGGGAAUCGUCUGACGGACAUUUCAGACUGUGAUGGUUGCUGGAAAUCCCUCCGAGCGCCUUGAGUUCUGGAGACCAUGGCCCAAGAAGCUUUAUUCCCGGCCUCGUCAAGUGGCCCGUGCACCGGUUGGACCCUUGAGCCGAGCCUAGACCCGUGACCGGCACACACAGGGACGAGGCGGAACCCUCCCUCUCUCUAUACCUUGCUGCUGGCCCGCGUGUGUCUGUCGCGUUGGUUUGACGGACGGGUGCAGUUUCCAGUGGCGGGCGCAGGCUGUUCUCCCGCUCCUUCGGAGGUACUGAAGACGUCUCGCAGCGCCCGCUAGCUCGUUGUCGAGGAUGAGACCAACGGCGGAGAGCGAGAUGCACCCAGCAGUGGAGGAAGUGAAGAUUGAGCCAUACGAGUUCUUCAUCGAUGUGGGCAGCCUGGUGCUUGAAGGUCGGGUUCCAUCCCGCUCAGGCAAGGGCUACACUGAGGGCCUUCACUGUCCACCCACCACUUCGGGACAGGCACGCCAUCAGUGUGACCCCACAUCAGUUGUUGAGUGCCAGCGGUAUGAGGUUGCCCUGAAGCACAUGCUGAUGCUCUGGAGGAACAGCAUCCCAAUGUCUGUGGAAGUCCUGCUGUCACCGGACUGCACCCACUGCAGCAGCAUGGACCACACAGGUGGCAUUGACAUCUCCUCAGCACCGGAUACGUCCCAUCUUCUGCUGGAGCAGUGGUACAUCCAGAUGCUACCCAGACGGAUCCAAGAAGCGACAGCUGCACCCCGAAGCCUAAUCCAGGCAAUGCGGUCCUACCUCCACUUUUCACAAAUCAGUGCCUGGUACAGUCUGUCUGGUGGAAGGAAUCCUCGGAGAAUCUACUACAGGAUCUCUGUGCCAGGCGAGGCAUUCUCCAGCAAGUUCCUCUGCAGUCCUCACGUCCACAACUUCCCUGUGUCAAACCUUGGGCGCAAUGCUUCCAUCAAGGUCUCUGUCAAGUCUGUGCCCAGGUGUCCAAAUGGCAUACCGGCAAUUGCCUGUACCAAACAUCCUGCUGUGCCUCCCACGCCCACGACUCCUAGCGAGCCAUUGGCUCCCGCCGUCACUGCCACACUUCGGAGCCGGUCCAACAGAGACGCUGCUGACGAUGGGUUCAGGAGAAAUGAGGAGUCAGUUGCCAAGCGCAAGCCGAAGAAACACAGCAAGGGGGAUUUGUCUGCUGACCUGCUGUUGGGAGAGAGCCUUCUUGAUCCCCCACAAUCUCUGCAGAUGUACCCCAAGCGCUACCAGAGCCCGUCGCGAUCUGGGAGCCCAAGUGUUGAGGCACCUGAGCAUCUGUUGUUCAGGAGCCGAGCCCAGUCGCCUCUGGAGCCAAGCGGAGAGGCCCAGUUGGAUUGCAACCGAGGGAGAGCGCCGAGGCGCCCUGUCAUCGAGCGCUUCCUCAAGAAGAGUGGAGAGCCACUGCCCGGUGAAGUGUUCGCUCUCGAUGCUCCCACUGCCAGCCCAAACCGGGCACAGUCGAGAAAGGAGGAAGCGACAACACCUGCGCCUUUCUGGCCAAACCAGCAGCACACUCGUGUGAGGAGCCUCGUGACACCUUCGCAGGCUCCAGAACGGCAAGCACCUUUUGUUCCAGUUGCACCACAGUCGUCGCUUCUCCAUGGCGCUGAGCGGGUCGUCGCCAAUGCUAACGAACUUAGUGAAAAGAAACUGCCAGACAAAUUUGCUCGUGCUGCUUCGCCCGACCAGUGUGGAUUGAAGCAGAGUUUUGAGGACAUGAGCCUGUGUCACAUCACCAAACCGUCUGCCAAGCACAAACUGAUCUCAAGCUGCUCUAUUUCAGUGUUACAUGAGCAGCAGCCGGCUGCCAAGCCUCAUUUGCAAAGGACAUCAGAGCCCAAUGUGAAAAGCCAGUGUGGGGGGAGUACCGUGACUGACAAUGAAGUGGAGCAUAGGACCGUUGCGAAGGAAGUGGAAGCUAGUGGUAGCAGGUGUGGUGGUGUUGCAGCUCACAAGGAAGAAGCGAAUCAUAAUAAGCGAGCUUUAGGGCACAGUAAAACCUGGAGCGAAGGUCUGUGUGACCUGAAGCUCAAGGAUGGAGUGGUUGGGAAAGGCAGCCACAUCUUCAGCAACCUCAUUCACAAGCACAAAGUGAGGCAGAUGAUGUGCAAAGCACGGAAUCAUCCAGUGCCUACAGCGGCGGAGCGCGCUCAGUUCCGCCGCUCUUUGGACAGUGCCACCUCAAUGGUCUUCCAUCAGAAGACUGGUCUGCCACUAACUUCUAGUCCUGCUCCUCUUAGAAAAUCUGGAGCUAGUUUUGAUUUCGACGACAGCCUGACUUCUGUGUCUGCAAUUAAGAGGGCAUUGUUUGAGAAAGAACCUGUGGAAGAGGAAGCGUCUCCAGGAGAAAUAAUUAGCUCAAGUGCUCCAGCAUCCACCACUACGAGCAGCCUCAUUGUUAACUUUGAAGAGUCAGUCUUGAAUGGCCGACUGGAGCCAGUGAGCACUGUGCAGGGGUUUGUCGCCGAGAUUGGUGCCAGUGGAUCCUUCUGCCCGAGGCACAUUACGCUCCCAGUGACGGUCUUCUUCUACUCGCUGCAUGACAUCGACAAAGUAGUCUCGCCUUAUUUGGGUCAUAUUAACCUUGGCAUGAAAGGUUACCAUGUUCCAAAGACAGGAACAAUACAAGUGACGCUGUUCAACCCGCAUAACACGGUGGUAAAGAUGUUCGUCGUCCGAUACGACCUCUCGGACAUGCCUCCCAACUGCCAGACAUUCAUUCGACAGCGCACUCUGUUCAUGCCCACUGAUGGCUCAGAGACAGACCCCGAGGCCAGCCGCUGGCUCCGUUACCUCAUUCACCUCAGGUUUGCGAGCUCAAAGUCUGGACGCAUAUAUCUGCACACGGAUGUGCGCAUAAUUGUAUUUCGGAAGAGUGACUUGGAUGCAGCCACCAUUCACGGCGAUCGUCCGUACGAACUUCGCUCCUUCACCCAGUGCCCUGUCAACCCGAAGUUCUCUCCCUGCGAGUGAUUUGAUGCCACGGUCGAUGAAAUAAGAGAAGCUCACUCUUUCAUGCCCACAGACAAAACAUACACACAUGCUGGCUGUCUCUUGUUCUCGUAGACUUUCAUGCCAAGAUUAGUAAAGGGAAACACUGGAACUGUUCGAGCACUACGAGAAUUAUGGGUAGUAUACAUGAAUUUUUCCAUGAUGUUAGCUUGGCUUCACCGAGGAAACAGAUUGCAGCUUCUUAUUGUUGAAUGCUCAAAUGUGAAGCAUGUAUGCCUCUCAACGAAGUUUCACUGGAGCGUGGCUAACAUUCACAGCUAAUGCUUUCUGUCGCGUAAUUUUCUUCAAAUAAGUAAAUGACGGGAGUUCAGUAUUUGUUUGUAAAUGUAGAUGACAUACCUGUGACAAUUCGGUUUUCCACUGUAGUAUUAGUUCCAGAAGCACUCAAAUGAAUUCGAUAAGUAGAUAAAUGAAAUGAAUCCAAUCUUUGCUAUUUAAUGAACUUGCAACGAGAAGUUGGAUUUGAGGUUGCAAUACAGUUGAUCCUCAUUAUAACGAAGCUGCAUUCGAUGCAAAAAUGUCUUUGUUAUAUCGAAUAUUCAUUACUAGCGUGUAUUGGUUACAUGCUGAUAUCACUGAAAGAACGUUUAGAUUUACUUAGUUAUAUCCUGGAAUUCGUUAUAUUCAUGUUCGUUAUAUUUCAAUUCGUUAUAUUCGAAUUAGUUGCAUUCGUGUUUAUUAUAACUCGUGUUUACAAGAGAUGACAACUCUGGAAACCAGAAGGGCAAUGUCGAGGCAAAUUCGUGGACUUCGCAUGCACACACUGGGGCCAGGUUUCCCUCUAAUAAGCUUAGUAUGACAGUCUAUGAGUGUUCCCCCUUAUUGUUUGGUUUGAAUAGAGUGAUCUCUUUUAUUGUGGCUGCAGAUUGAAUAAACAUCUGUAGAGCAUGCAUCUCCUCCCAGAAAACCACCUGGCCAUGUGUUUCUCUUUUUUCUUUUUUUGCUUGUUGUUGAAAGUAAAAACAAAAGAUAUUGUUCAUGUAUGCUGUUAACUUAUUGUCUAAGAGACUCUAAUAAAUCACUAGGAAAUAUGUAGAAAUAAA